UGGCCGAGGAUCAUGGGAUACCGUGUUAUGGAACUCAAAAACAUCUUUUCCGCAGUUUAAAAUCCAAUAUUUAUUUAGAUAAUUCCGAAUUUCAAUUCUGUUACAUAAAUUUAUUUAUAAAUCAUUUAUGUGACUCGAGUUUGUUAUAUCUUGCUUACUAUAAUCACGCGUAAAAAUGGAUACAUGCAAGUGUUACUUUUAUUAUUUUUUGUUUUUUAUGUUGUGUGCAAUGCAAAAGAAGUGGGCGAGUGAUGUGGGCACCGCCGUAGAAGAAGAAGGAUGGGGUAGUCGCGCGGUCUACGUUUUUUUUUCUUACUAAAUUUCGGAAGGAUAAAGCUUAUUGGUGACUCGUCGUUAUCCCACGACAAGCGAGGGAUGCCGUCAUCACAUCUCUGACCGUGUACCUGUGCUCUUGACAAGUGCCCCGAUCGCCGGCUUCGUCCCGGUUAGAAUGGAGAAUCUAGGACUGAAACUAAACGAAGCCGAACACAGGUACUUCGCCGAGUUGUUUGCGGCAUACGAUGUGGACAACCAGGAUAAAGUGUCCGGUUCGAAGGCAUCGGAACUGUUGUUGGCGACGCAACUACCGACAGAAGUGCUGCAGCAGAUCACGGAGGUGUGCGGAGCCAAGCGCCUGGGCCACUUUGGUCGCCCCCAGUUCUACCUGGCAAUGAAGCUGAUUGGCGCAGCCCAGGCGGGCCUCCCUAUCAAGCUCGACAUUGUCUCCUCUGGGGUUGAAGUCCCACUCCCGAAGUUCUACAGGAGCAAUGAAGUCGGCCAGCCCACCCAGCUGCCACCCCCUCCCUCUGCCAAGAGUCACAACAAAACGUCCAGGCAGUCCAGCCUCAAGGACCUGGAGACCUCUCCUCAGCACCAGCCCUUCUCCCAGGCCGCUCCCAACUACACCUUUGUCCCACCACCACCAAGAGGCUCGAGGGACUCCUCUCCAGACGGGCAGACAUCUGACAAGACGUGGACAAGGUUUCAUCAACCAGGGGAGAGGCAGCUAAACUGGAGUCACUUCGAAGAGCAUCGGCAGCUACUGGGCAACGAAGAAGACAGCAGUGACCGUCACUCUAGUGAUGAGGAACAUGACAUUUGGAGCAUUGCUGAUGACCAGAGGGACUACUACACUAACCAGUUUCAAGCCAUGCAGCCCGACCUCCGUGGAAAGAUCACUGGUGCAAUAGCCAAGGAGUUCUUUGAGAAGUCCAAGUUACCAGUGCAUGAAUUGUCUAAAAUCUGGCAACUGUCGGACAUUGACAAGGAUGGUGCCCUGAGCAUCGAGGAAUUCCGCACGGCCAUGCACCUUGUGGUCCUGAGGAGAAACAGCAUCGAGCUCCCCGAAGUGCUGCCCCCGUCCCUCGUGCCCAAGCUGCCCCAAAAACCCGUGGACGUGGUAGAUGCGAGCGGACAUCAGGCUCCUUCCCACCCUGCUCCCAUCCCGAGGCCGCGGAGCCACAGCCCCCCUCUGAAGGAGCCCUUGUCGCCCCAGAACAAAGAGUGGACCAAGUUCAACGAUUCGCCCACCAGCACAGUCUCCUCGCCCAGCAUGAAGCCGGUGAAUUUCGAUUUCUCAACGGCCUCUGUCGAACAGGACCCAAGAAUUUUACAUCCAGUAGCAAGACGCGUCUCGCCGGAUGGUCACGCCAUCCCUUACACCAGUGAACAAGAAAAGCCACCUAUAUCUGCAGAUGCUUGCGGAGAUUGCAAGGGAGGUGCCACGCAGAAGAACAUUGUCAAGAGGUUGCCUGGCUCUUCUGCAACCUUGCCCAUGGUUCCCCAACAGACUCUGGCAUACGUUGUAACCACAGAGGUGUCCGGAGAUGUCGCUGCAAACUCGUUUUCAGGAGCAGUGACCGGAGCCCCGACCCUGGCCGGGUCCCAGGGGCAGCUGUCCCUCCCCCAGGGGCCCAAGAAGGAGCCUCCUCCUCCCCCACCUCCCAGGCCCAAGCGCAACCACGCUAGGAGCUCCUCCCUCGACCUCAACCGGCUCGGGAAGUCAAACCCCCAGAACCUCGGAGCACCGCCCGCAGUUCCUCCGAGGGUGUCACCUGGAAAUGUAUCCAAGAGCAUCACCGGCGACGUGCCGUCGGGAAUGGACUUCGCCGACUUCGACCAUUUUGCGGAAUCUCGCAGCGACGUUGCCGCCGGCCCACCGUCGCAACAUCAGUUUCAACCUGGAGCAUUUGAAGUGUAUAAAAAGCCAACCUCGGCCGAAGAACUUGCAGCGUCUCCCUUUUUAUCGGAGUCGAGCUACUCUGACGACGAGGAGUCUAGUCCAGCUCCGACAGAUGACAGUGCAAUGUUGCUAGUCGACCAGACAGACGGAAGUGCCGAGAAAAAGAAGCACCGCACCGCUCCCCUAGCCAUGGCGGCCACCGAAAUGAAGACCAUUCCGAACGAAAAAUGGGAGCUGCACCAGGCAGUGCGGGCUCACCGAGAGCGCAACAACAUGCUGGUGCUGCUCAACAGCGAGCUGAACCAGGAGCUGAUGGAGGCCACCGAAGAGCGCCUCUCCCUCGAGAUACAGCUAGAGAACCUCAAGCCGUUCUCCUGCUGAUGGACGCCAGUCUAGAACCGUUGCCGUUGUUGCUGCUGCUGCUGCCAGUGGACGGGCAGUUUCGGCUCUUUCCUUAUUUUUUUUAUUUUUGCUUUUCUCUCCAUCCUCAAAAUUUGCCGAGUCCCGUUUGGAAUCUGUUUCGUGUCGAGCGGCAUGAGGUGCAAAGUCAAAUUUGGGCGAGCCUCGGUCCGGCGGGCGUAUAUUUAAAUGGAACGAAGAAAUAAAGGCUCCGUUGCUCCGGUUUGCAAUGUUUUUCUUUAAUGUUCAGAUCUGUUCACUAAGGCUAAUGCUUUUUUCUAACAUUUUUUCUAGCAUGGCUCAGAGGUCGGCUUUUUUAGAGCUGCGAUUAAUGAGGCUUUAUUCUGUCGAUUUUUAGAAAUGUGCCAGUUUUGAACAUAGAUUGUGGGUUAAGUGUGAGGUCUUUUUUGUUUUGUUUUUGUUGGCCAACUUUCUCAGAUUGGUCUGUCAUUGCUGACAUUAAAUUAAGCUGGCUCCAAGCCUAUGUUCAUGCAAUCGUAACAGUCGGGUUUAUUUGAGAAAGUUAAAGUUCCUGACUUUUUCAGCCUUGGUCUGAAUGUCUUCUGUUGUCCCUUUGAUUGGCGGGACAAAUGUGAAAAAUGUCACCUUUUUAUGUUGUGGUAAGUGUGCUCAAAGUGAAGUAAAAGAAUGCUGCAUCAUUUGUUACCUCAAUAGCACAUAGGGGGCAGGAGCUUCUUUUCAGUCUGCUGUGGGGACCGUGAGCGGCACAGUGCCAUUGUAUACCAUCUGCAUGCACCUAUUUGUGAUUAUGAUGCAUUGGAUGGAUUUGCUGUUUGGCUUUGUUUACAAGUUUGCGUUCGUAAGUCGUAAUAGACUAGUUGAUCACUUGGGAGUUUGACAUGCAAAAACCAGCUUUGCGUAGGCUUGUUUUUUUUUUUACCUCAGAGACAUAAUGCCAGUCUGUCUGUAUGAAGUAUAUAUAUUGUCCGUUAUGGCAUAAGUUGCUAAGCAAGAAACGGUCUUCAUUUCUACCAGAGGUUGUAUACAUACCAUGUGUCUUGCAGAUAUAUCAAUGGUGGCAGGUAUUGCAAAUGCUUUGGGUUUUUUUUUUAAUGUUAUUUGGAGAUUACACAUCGCAGGCACCUUUUCCAUCCACAAACCAGUCAUGAGAUUAUUUUGUUUAAUAUAGUUGAAUUGGAUCAUUUCUUACAUAUCUUCCUAACUGAAAAAGCAUUUUUCUGGCUCUUUAAACUCCCUCUCACAUUGUGCCCAGCACAUGGGGCUGUAACUCCGGAGAAGGAUUUUUUUUUGUGUGUGAACGCUUGUGCAAGGAAAACAUUUCCUAAAGCUAUGUGCCUGUGGAGUGUUGCAGGGACGUAGUGUAAAAGCUUUUAAGCUAGAGUGAUUGAAGGGCUGUGGGCAAGAAUCUUUAAAUUGUGAAAAUUAAAGUUAGUCUGUGAUUUCGGUUUAUCUAGUUAAGGUAAAGCUGUUGUGGAAAUGUAAGGCAUAUCUAAGGGUAAACAUGCGGAAUUUAAGGGAGCUUCUGAAAUGGUGCACAACAUGGCUCAAGCACUUGGAAAAGAGAAGCAUAUCUCAUUCAUGGCUUUUGCUGUUAUGGAAUGGUUCAGCUCUUAGUGGGACUUCUCAACCAUUAGUUAAGAAACAUCUUUGAUCCCCCAUUAAGUGGGCAUAAUAAUUAAUGUGGCUUACAAUAUCCUGAGUGUAACAGCGUUUGAAGCAACUGUUUCAUGGUCCUGUGGUGACCCUCUGUGGUUUCUUUGGGGGAUGUUGGAUCUAUGCGGCUGAUCCUUCUAUCUUAUGAAAGCUAUAAACGUCAACAUGAAACAUAAGUUCUUUUUGCUAUAGCAAUAUGCUCACUGUUGAGGGAGAUUAAUGCACAUAAAAAUCCUGUAGCCAUUGAGAAAAGGAGAGUUAGCUUGGUUAUCCUAUGCUUCUGCACGAUUACAUUCAGACAUUGAAAGGAAACGGCUUAAAAAUUUUACGAUACAUUGAAUGAGUAAUGUAAAUCUUGUAUAAAGGUGGUUUUAAAGCUUUGCUGAAAAUGUAUUUUACAGUGUUGGGUAUGCCACUCAUUCUUGAGCAUGCUAUUUUUGCCUUGUUCUGAUUCUAACAUACACAAAAGUAUAUCAACUGUUUCACCUUGCAGUAGUACUGGAACCAAAUCUACAGGCAUGCACGUCUCGUUCUGGUAGGCGUUUCCACUCGAGCAGCCGAGGUGCGCUUUAAACCUAGGUGGUCGCACUGCAGUUUUAAUUCCACUAGUACUGCCAGAAGAUUGAAACAAGAAUACACGAGUUCAAGCAGAACAUCUGGCCGCCUCUGUGUGUGCUCAUGUGAGCAAGCACAUGUGAUUGCAAGCCUGCCAAGGUUAGUUUCAUGUGGAUGCAGCUUGGGCUUGCACGUUUGGGGCACCAGCCGAGAUGACAUGCUUGCAAUUGUUCAUAAAGGUUUCCUUGUGUUUGUAUCAUCUGCUUUCAAGGAAUGAAACUAAUCCAUAUAUUGAGUGGUAUAAAACUGAAUAGAUGUUUUGUUUCUUUUUCAUAAUAGUCGAACCAUGCUGUCGCUUUCAUUCAGAAAAUAAUGCAGCAUUUAUGCCAUUUGUAGUUAUUACUUUUGUUUCUGUAAGGAGUUUCAUAAUGGGGCGCCUUCGAAUUCAUAAUUAGUUCUGCUUGAAUCACGCUGGAUAGAGAAAUAACAAGGAACCUGAAGCUGUUCAUCAGAUAGCUAAAGGUCCAAUGUCGAACUAACUUUUCUUGAGAAAGGUUUUCUAGAAGUUUUGCCCACAGCCCUUGUGACUAGAUUCCACAGAAAUGCCAAACAUGUUCUUGAUUUUGGAACUCGCCACUGUACUGUGAAGUUCCGAUGAUGUGCAAUGCGCUUGUUGCAGGCAUUAGCAGCUCGUUGUGUAAGUUUGGCAGUUUGUUUUUGUCUGCUUUGCGCGUUUGUUUUUCUUUGGUUGGAAUGUAUUUUUGAACAAGUGUUUUGCACAAGUUUUGAAGAGGACUGUUCUCAGAAAAAUAUAUUGACAGAGGUCUUUUCUGACACAAUUUCUAAACAUUGCUUCAGGAUUUAAUUUUGGUUCAUAAAGAACAAUAUAAUGCCAUCUGGAAAGAGUGCUGGCAAGGUUCAGUCAGCUAUUUUGAAUGUCUCGGAGAAAACAGAGGAGCUAUUUUCUUUCUUAGGCCCGACUUGCACUUGGAGGCUGUCAUCUGACCAUGCUGAUAUAAGCUGUUAGUAUUUUAAUGGCAGUAGGAGAAUGUUGCUGCCUAAAACGGUUCAGCUCUUUUUCUACAUGUUUCUUUUACCUCCAUUUCUAUUUCAGAAUUAACAUUUGUCUGAGACUUGUUCAACUGUUGUGUUACUAUUUUUUGUGUCUAACUAAGAAAACUGAAACAAUAUGGACACGGAUAAGCACCUCCGUACCUUAUUGCUGGAACGCGAAGGAUGCAGCCGAGUUGAGUGGCAUCUUCAUAUACACCUCAAUAUGCGCUUACCAUUCUCUGAUGAGAGUAGUGAUAUGUACAUAUUAGACAUGUAAAAAAAAAAAUGAAAAUGCAGAAGCUGUACAAAGGCUCGAAUAUAUAUAGCAUAUAUGCAAUACGCCUGUGUGCAUAUAUGGUGUAUGACGGUAUAUAUGUAUAAAUAUUUUGACUUACAUGAGGCACUAAAGUGGUGCCUUGUUGUUGUCAUAUCCACGGCAGCUUGUUAACCGAUGGCCCUUUGAAAGAGAGAAAGAUGUGUUUUGAGGCGUUAUUUAGGAGUAUAUUUUGAUAGGAUUGGAUGUUUCAGGGUCCACUUUAAUGUAGUCAAGGCGUCGAGCACCAGAAGUUUGCUCUUAGUUGGUUGCCACAGUUGGUUCUUGAAUCUGUGUUUGUGUAAAACUUGUAGCUUUUCUUUUUUUCUUCAAUCUUGUUUCAUUGUUGAGGAAUUGUGUGCUUGUUGUGAGCGUGGCUGAAAGAUUUGUAUAGGCGUUGGUCGACUUGUUGGUGUGCAGAGGACAAUAAACGAGCCUGAAAGUA